AACUUUACCUUUAGGAAACCAAUUGUUAUUAUAAUUUUGGCAACAAGGGUGUCAAUAUGGUUAAAGUAUAAAUACAAAGACAACCCACAAAAAUCAUAAUCUUUAAAAGCUAACAUUAUUACCAUCACCCCAAUUUAUAAAAAGGCAAAUUUUCUCCUACAUCACAUAAAAAAUAUCAGAUUCACUAUAUUUUCUUGUCUUUUGAUUUCUUUCUUCCAUGGCUUCAACUUCACCUUCUCAAGCUUCUCUACUUCUCCAAAAACAGCUCAAAGAUCUAUGCAAGCAUCCUGUUGAUGGGUUUUCUGCUGGUUUAUUAGAUGAAAACAAUUUGUAUGAAUGGAUUGUCACCAUUAUUGGUCCUUCUGAUACACUUUAUGAAGGAGGAUUUUUCAACGCAAUUAUGGAAUUUCCAAAGAAUUAUCCCAAUAGCCCACCAUCAGUUCGGUUUACAUCAGAGAUGUGGCAUCCCAAUGUUUAUCCAGAUGGUAGAGUUUGCAUAUCAAUACUUCAUGCUCCUGGUGAUGACCCGAAUGGAUACGAACUCGCAAGUGAACGAUGGACUCCCAUUCAAACGGUUGAGAGUAUCGUUUUGAGUAUCAUAUCAAUGCUUUCCAGUCCUAAUGACGAAUCUCCAGCAAAUGUUGAGGCCGCAGCUUGUCAUACUGUAUUUGCAGAAGAUGUGGAGGGAGAAAAGGGACGAGUUUAGGAAAAGGGUCAGCCGUUGUGUAAGGCGAUCACAAGAGAUGUUAUGAUCCUCCAGAGAUCGAUAUUUCAGAGAAUUCAUCAUCUAGGCCUCCUAUCUAAUCUAGCUGUUCUAAUACUCUUCUUUUCUCUGUUAUUUUCGAUUCUUUUGUAAAACAACAUGAUAUUGUUUUCUCCCUAAGCCUAGGAGUUGCCUACCCCUUUGUUCUGUAGAAUCAAGGAUGAUAUUCUUUCUUGUCACGGUUUUAUUUUCAUUACUACUUGUAUUGAAAAGCUAAUGCAGAAUAAUUUUUCAGUAAUCAGAUUCUCAUUCUAAUUGUUAGUAA